GCGAUCUGUGGUGGCGUUCAUCACACUGAGCUUUAAACCUGUAAAUCGAAAGUCGUCCGCAGCGCGAACACUCACUGCUGCACACUUAUACACGCACCGUGGGACGCUUUAGAGGACUUACUGGAAGAAACAGCUGAGCACGAAAAUGAUUUUCGACAAUUUGAAAAAGUUUGACAUCGUCUUCGACUCACCGGAGUUGGACUGUCCUCCGGUGUACAGCAGCGGGGACGUGGUGUCCGGCCGUGUGGUGCUGGACCUCUGCAGGGAGAGCAAGGUGGACUCACUGAAGCUCCACGCCGAAGGUUUUGCCAAAGUCCACUGGACCGAGUCCCGGUCCGCGGGCUCCAGCACCGCCUACACCCAGAACUACAGCGACGAAGUGGAGUACCUGAACCGGAGAGAGGUGCUGCUGCAGGCAGAUAAUGGAGAAGUAACCGUGCUCCCUGCAGGCAGACAUGAAUUUCCAUUCAGCUUCCAGUUGCCCGAGGAGACGCUGGUCACCUCCUUUGAGGGGAAACAUGGCAGCAUCCGCUACUGGGUUAAAGUUAAGCUCCACAGGCCGUGGGCCACCGUCAGGAAGCUGAAGAAGGAGUUUACAGUCAUUGAGCCCAUUGACAUCAAUACACCAGCCUUACUGGCGCCACAAGCUGGAACAAAGGAUAAGAUGGCCCGGGCUUGGUAUCGCAACUUUGGACAGGUGUCGGUAACGGCAAAGAUUGACCGCAAAGGCUACACACCCGGUGAGGUGAUCCCUGUGUUUGCCGAGUUCGACAACUCUACCUCCAGAUCAGUUGUGCCCAAAGCCUUCAUCACGCAGACGCAGACCUUCAUCGCUCGCGGCACAAUGAAACAGAAGCGCUCAGUGGUGGCCACGCUGUCCGGUGACUUUGUGGGCGCCAGACGCAGGGAGACUUGGCACGGGCGGGCCAUCAAAAUCCCACCCGUGGGGCCUUCCAUCCUGCAGUGCCGCAUCAUCAAAGUAGAGUACAUGCUCAAGGUUUGUGUCGAUGUUCCUGGAACAUCAAAGCUGUGUCUGGAGCUGCCGCUGGUCAUCGGCACCAUCCCCCUCCACCCCUUUGGCAGCCGGACCUCCAGCGUCAGCAGCCAGUACAGUGUCAACCUGGAGUGGCUGCGUAUGGCCAUCCCUGAGCAGCCUGAACCUCCCCCAGAUUACAGCUCUGUGGUGACAGAGGAGGAGGCUGAACAGUGCAACAACACCGUGCUCUCACAGCCGGCUGAGGACCUGAGUGGAAUCCUGGAGCGCCCCCUCAUGGCUUUUGUCCAAGAGUUUCGCUUCCGACCUCCACCUGUGUACUGCGAGAUUGACCCCAACCCUCAGCCCCUGAACAUGAGACCUCGCUGCAUGACGUGUUGAACCAUGCACUCUGCAAAGUCAAAGUCAAGCGAAUGAAAAUGAAUGAAACGAAUCAAGAGAUUUGUCUUCUCCCAGAUUACUUCUCUGAUGAACGGCGCCAGGUCCCAACAAGUGUUGUGGAGAGAGACUGGAUGCCACGGAGCGGUCCGGAGAGGAGGAGCUCACAGGAACUGGGUGUCAGUGGAGAAGCUGCCACUUCAUUUCAAAUCCAUAAAGUAAAGUGGACGUGUUCCUGUUCUGUUUUUCGGAGGAAGCAACUUCUCUACAUCAGUUCCUGUUCUCCCCCGGGUGAAUUUGAAUUCACAAGAAAGAGGGCUGCAAGUAUGUCCCAAUCAACGAUUCCCUCGUGUGAAGUGAAGCGAUUUUUGAAGAGAUUGGGACAGUUUGGGGUGGAAAAUUGAGAAUUUAAGUCGCAGUUGGUGUACAAAUGUUUGAAACAAAGAUCACUCUUGAGAAGUUGACAGAAUGUUUACAGGCACAUUGUCAUCUCUGAGUGUCGUAAAGAAAGAAGUGCAAUUAUUCUUAUGUUUCCACUCCCCUUUGAACACCUUAAAUUGCUAUGCAGUGUUUGACUCAUUAGCAAUGUGCCUUUUAUGAUUUCUACUGUUCCUUAAGCUACAUACUGUAUCUGUAAGUGUGAUGGUGAAGCAGACGAGUCAAAUAAGCAAAAUGUAUUUAAUGCAUGCAGGUAACGAUAUGUAAAAGGGAAAAUAUUUAUGCCUUAAAUAUCUGCAGUAGAGUAUUGCGUGAGCGUUUCAGGGAGUUGUUCUAUCUUUUGAGAUUAACGCAUCCUGAAAGAACUCGGAAGAACAAAAAAAACGGUUUGACUGUACGUGGAGAAAUUCCACUUGUUGACGAAAGGUCAGGUAGCAGUAGUUGUUGAUUUAAUCACAACUAAGCAAAAAUAGGACAAGCAGUUUGUGUAUAAAGCUGCACGUGGGCUCAGAUGAGCUCUCUUGGCUGCUAAAACAAAAGGAGGAGAUGGAGACCGGAGCCUUGUGCUCUGAAGCUUUUGAUGGGAGCCAGAUCGGCUCGGUGCUGUGGUGCUUUGUGACGCUCGGAGUAAAGACGCUCGGCGUUACGUGAAGCCUUGAGCUGGAGAUGCCACUGAAAUGUAUGGAUAAAGAACAUUCCAAAAAAACUCAUGAGGACUAUAUAUUUUUUUAUCCUUAACUUCCAAAAAACUGGUCUUCAGCUGUGCCACUUCCCUGGCGUGCACUGAAAAACCAAAUGUUUUUUUUUAUACAAAUGCAGUUGUUGAUUCAUAAUCUUGCCAAAGUUUUGUUAUUGUUUUUUCUAAUAAAUUCUUUGAAUGAA